AGGAAGGAGGCGUUCAGUUCCUCGCUCGGGACACCGCAGAAGGACUCCUGCCGUCACAUGCGCUGGACGUCGAAUUAUUCGAUAUUUAUAUCACUUAAUAAAACCGUUUCGUGAACUUAUAAAGUGUUCAACGAUGUGGCGUUGGGCGUGCGCAGUGGCGCUGCUCUGCGCUGCGCUCGCCGAUGCGGAGACUUUUAAACGAGCAGAAAUGUCAGCAUCGCCCUUCGUCUUGAGUACACGCUACGGCCGCUCCUCUCCGCGAAUGAUCGCUCCGCGCACCGACAGGUUCUUCAUGAAUGGUAGAUACGGGAAGCGAUCCGACCCUUUGGCGAAUGUAUUUGACAUCACUGCGAAUAUUCAAAACGAGAAAGAAAGAGUCAGAGAUAGAGGGAGAGAGAGGGACAGCGCAUUUUUACAAAACUGGCGCCCAAGGUGUGACUGUCCGUCUUACAUCAAAAGAUUUGAUUUGAAGAAUUAUUAUAAAAGAACACCAGAGACCAUUGAUCAAACUGUAUAUGAAGAUUAAGAGGAACUUCCGCGACGUCAAUUUUAAUUAGAGUUCAACGUCCUUUAUGUAAUCGCUUAAAGUUAACUUUUAUAUAAAUAUGAUGAGUAUUCAAAUUAAUAACUACCUAUGUAUACGAUCCCUACAUAUUAUGAUGUAUAUAUUAUUAUUUACCUUUAUUUUAAUGUCACGACAGAGAUUAUUAUU